CGCCAAUCUUUUUGUAUCUCACUCACUCUCAAAAAUCCAAACUAAAAACAACAAAAUAAAACUAAAAAAUCAAAAUCAAAAUCAAAACGCUGACUCUAAAACAUUAUGAAGAAUUUUCUGAUUCUCUCAUUAGCUUCAAUCUUCUGCUUUUAUCUAAGCAAUUCCAUUGAAGACGAUGUGAUGUGCUUGAAAGGCGUGAAGAACUCGCUCUCCGACCCGGCCAACAAGCUGAGUUCAUGGACCUUCACGAACUCGUCCGUCGCUUCAAUCUGCAAGCUCCAAGGAGUUUCGUGCUGGAACGAGAAGGAGAACCGGCUCAUCAGCCUUCAGCUUCCGACGAUGCAGCUAUCCGGCGAGGUUCCUGAGAGUCUGAAGUAUUGCCGGAGCCUCCAAACCCUAGAUCUCUCCAACAACUCCAUCUCCGGUCCAAUCCCUUCUCAAAUCUGUAACUGGUUGCCUUAUCUCGUUUCGCUAGAUCUCUCCAGGAACUCUCUCGCCGGACCGAUCCCGCCGGAGAUCGCAGACUGUAAGUUCUUGAACAGCUUGAUUUUGAGCAACAACCGCCUCUCCGGUCCGAUCCCGUACGGGCUCGGCCGGUUGAACCGGUUGAAGACAUUCUCGGUCGCGAACAACGAUCUCUCCGGUUCGGUCCCGGCCGAUUUGGCGAGCUUCGACGGUUCGGACUUUGACGGCAACGGUAAGCUCUGCGGGAAGCCUUUGGGCUCGAAGUGCGGUGGUCUGAGUAGCAAAAGCCUCGCCAUUAUCGUCGCCGCUGGUGUUGUCAGCGCCGCCGCGUCUUUGUUCAUAGGGUUUGUGAUUUGGUGGUGGUUCUUCGUUAGGUCUGGUAGUGGAAAAGGCAAAAGCUAUGGUUUUGGUAAUGGUGGUGGUUUUAAAGGUGAUAGUAGUUGGGUUGAGCUACUUAAGUCUCAUAAGCUAAUUCAAGUCUCUUUGUUUCAAAAACCAAUUGUCAAAGUUAGGCUAUCGGAUUUGUUAGUUGCAACAAACAAUUUUGAUUCCGAAAAUGUUGUGAUCUCGUCGAGAACUGGGGUUUCUUACAAGGCUGUAUUGUCAGAUGGGUCUGCCUUGGCGAUUAAGCGGCUUAAUGGGUGUAAGCUAAGCGAGAAGCAAUUCCGGUCCGAGAUGAAUAGAUUGGGGCAGUUAAGGCAUCCCAAUUUGGUGCCUUUGUUGGGAUUUUGUGUUGUUGAGGAAGAGAAGCUUUUGGUGUAUAAGCAUAUGUUUAAUGGGACAUUGUAUUCUCAAUUGCACGGAAGUGGCAAUGCUAAUAGUCAGUAUGGUUUUUUGGAUUGGCCAACGAGGUUAAGGAUUGGUGUGGGUGCGGCUAGAGGACUUGCUUGGUUACACCAUGCUUGUCAGCCACCUUAUAUGCAUCAAAACAUAAGCUCCAAUGUGGUUCUUCUUGACUAUGAUUUCGAGGCUCGGAUCACGGAUUUUGGGUUGGCUAGGCUUGUGGGUUGUUCGUCUCGCGAUUCGAAUGAUAGUUCGUAUGUGAAUGGGGAUUUGGGAGAGUGUGGUUAUGUGGCUCCGGAGUACUCCAGCACAAUGGUCGCGUCGUGGAAAGGAGAUGUUUAUGGUUUUGGGGUUGUGCUUUUGGAGCUGGUGACAGGGCAGAAGCCUCUUGAGGUGACUACUGGAGGGGAUGUGUUCAAGGGGAGUUUGGUGGAUUGGGUGAGUCAGAAGUUGAUCCAUGGUGGGAGCAAGGAUGCCAUAGAUAAGGCUCUAAGUGGGAAAGGUCAUGACGAUGAAAUCGUGCAGUUUUUGAGGGUUGCUUGUUCUUGUGUUGCUUCAAGGCCCAAGGAUAGGCCUUCUAUGUACCAAGUUUAUGAGUCAUUGAAGAGCAUGGCUGAGAAACAUGGUUUCUCUGAACAGUAUGAUGAAUUUCCAAUGAUAUUUGGCAAACACGAUCCUGACUAUAAGGAGUAGCCCAGUUUGGGAAAAGAUAAGAACCACCCAAAAAAAAAGGAAGAGCCUUGAGUGCUUUAAGAAUUGCAGCAUUAGGACAUAUCUACAUUUUGUGUUAUGAUCUGAAACACGUUUUUAGCCAUUGGUAUGAUUUCCCUGUUCUAAUGCUCAUUUGUUGUUGGGCAUAUCUGUAUGAUACAAGAAUUUGUUAUGAACUGUAGCUUUAUUUAAGAAAAUUUCUGUUUUCAUUUUGGAUUCAA